AUGCCCUCAGAUCGCACUGUCGACGCUGCUCCAGCCGAUCCGGCCCAUGCUGGUCCGAUCUCGGAGCAAACUCCGCUUCUUGGAGAUUCGAGCCAGCAUGCGGGGACGGGCGAUGGAUCCGGGGUUCCCUUGGCCCAGGAGCGCAGCACCAAGGAAUUGAUCCUUAUCUUAGGAAGUAUCUGGGUGGGCGUGUUUCUGGCUGCUCUGGAUACUACCAUCGUGGCCACGCUCACGGCACCCAUUUCGUCGAGCUUCCACUCGUUGUCCUUGCUUUCAUGGCUGGCUACAUCUUACCUGAUCUCUAAUGCCGCUUUUCAACCGCUGAGCGGGCGCUUGACGGAUAUCUUCUCCCGACGAACGGGCCUCGUGUUCUCCAAUGUGUUCUUCGCAGCCGGAAACAUCAUCUGCGGUACUGCGAAGAGUCAAGGGACCAUCGUGGUGGGCCGUGUUGUUGCCGGAGUUGGCGGUGGUGGUCUCUUGGCAAUUUCGACGUUUGUCACGUCCGAUCUGGUCCCGCUGCGUCAACGUGGUGUUUGGCAGGGUGUUGGGAACAUCUGCUAUGGAGCCGGAAGUGGAUUGGGCGGCGUCUUCGGGGGAUGGAUCAAUGAUACACUGGGGUGGCGAUGGGCAUUUCUCAUCCAAGUUCCCUUCAUCGUUGUGUCCUGUGUUCUGGUCGCCGUCACCAUCGACAUCCCUGUGAAAUACACCGACAAGGGAAGACUGAAGCGGGUGGAUUUUCUGGGGGCGAUCACCCUGGUCAUUACGCUCGUGUUGUUUCUCCUGGGACUCAACAUGGGCGGGAACCAGGUGCCAUGGACACACCCUCUGGUUCUUACAUCGCUCCCGCUCUCCGCCGUGUUCUUGGGGAUCUUCGUCUACAUCGAAGCGUACGUUGCGUCUGAACCUGUGAUUCCUGUUCGACUCUUGCUCGAUCGGACCGUCUUGUCGGCGUGCUUGACGAACUGGUUUUCGACCAUGGCCAUCUUUGGGCUUCUCUUCUACCUUCCGCUGUUUUUCCAGGUCCAAGGUUUAUCGGCGACCUCGGCUGGGGUCCGGCUGAUCCCGCAGGCCUUGGGAACUUCGAUAGGAUCUUUGGGAUGCGGCAUCAUCAUGCGGUCCACGGGACGCUACAAGACGAUGAACUACGUGUGCAUGUUCACAUUCGUUCUGUCCGGUAUUAUGAUCUGCACGCUGAACCUGACCACACCCGCCUGGAUUCCCUUUAUUUACUUUUUCUUCUUGGGUGGGGGCUACGGCAGCAUGCUGACGAUCACCCUGGUUGCGCUGAUCUCGGCCGUGGACCAUGACUACCACGCGGUGAUCACGUCGGCUUCCUACGCGUUCCGCAGCACGGGGAGCACCAUCGGCAUUUCCAUCGCGUCCGCGGUCUUCCAGAAUAUCCUCAUAUCCGGACUUUGGUCUCGCUUCGGCGACCGCAAGGAUGCCAGCGAGAUGAUCUCUCGGAUCCGCGACAGCCUGGACGAGAUCCAGAAGCUUCCCGGCGAUUGGAAGCCAGGGGUGAUGGACGCGUACAUGGACUCCCUCCGGGCGGUGUUCAUCGCAUUGCUGGGGCUGAGUGUUCUCGGGGCCAUUGGAAGUUCGGCCAUGCGAGAGCACAAACUGCACUCGAACAUGGCGCGCCAGGAUCCAGAUGACGAAUAA